AUGCCCUCUCUCAAAAUUCUCCUACCGGUCAUCCUCUCCCUCGCCACUGCCACCAUGGCAGGUAACAGCGACGACUGCCCCCAUAACUGGUUUUCAAACCGGUACGAAGACAGGAGAUGCUGCUACGGCCACAUGAUGAUCGAAGACACCACCGCCUACUGCUGCGUCUACGAAGUGCUCGGGUACGAGGAUCCAGCGACGAUGACGUCCACUUCUGAAACCACUUCCGCCUCCACCGACAGCUACUACAACUGGUCCGGGGCAGAUUACUGCUUCACGAAGAUCCCGUUCAAGGCGAGUGAUUACUCGGCGAGGGUCUCGUCCGCCUCGGAUGCGAUUGAGGCGUCGAAGUCGGCGUUGGCUACAGCGUCUGCUUCGGCUGAGGGGUCUGAAUCUUCGACUAAUGCGGCUAUGCCGGUCGCUACGGCGCAGGGGAUGGUGCUUGGUGGUGCUGCACUUGCUGCUGCUUUUUUUUGUGUGAUGUGA